AUGGGAGACGCAGGUUCGGAAGAAGAAGCGCUGGCAUCCCACUUUGCUGCCCGGGAUGCCCUGAUAUCCAAGGAACUUUCUCUCCGCAGCGGUGCGCGCGGCCCCGUUCUUUAUCCGGGGGGUAGAAAUACAACCUUCCGCAGGUCUCUCUCCCCCAUCGCCAGCCGCGCAUGUGCCAUCGUCUCUCAGAUCCGCAAAGCAGAACACGCCUCGAUCUGGAAACAUGACCCCUCCCGCCCUGACAAGGAAGAAGGGGUGGAACUGUACCCGGGGAUGAUGUUUGGUCUAGCAAAGCGGAAGCUGGAAUCUACGGAUCUAUGGAAGAUAGCCAAGAGGAUGCCCAAGGGGGCGUUGCUGCAUUGUCAUCUCGGUGCGAUGGUAGAGGUGGACUGGUUAUUUGAACGGGUCCUUCACGUUGAAGGGUUGCAUGUGUGUGCCUCGGAGGCGCUGGACACGGAGACUGCGAGGGCCAGGGCGGUGAUAUUGUUCAAGUAUAUCACUCCGCGGCCGGGCGCAAGCAAGACGUCUAUAUGGUCGUCUGAAUACCAAGCGAACACCUAUGUACCUGCCUGCCAGGCGGCGGAUACGUUUCCGGCAACAGGACGAGGGGGGUUCGUGGCGUGGCUUACCGAUCGAAGCGUGAUAAGCGAGCAGGAGUCUCUAGAGCACCACCUGGGUGUCGACGAGGUAUGGCGGAAGAUGGCUGGUGCGUUCCCCACGCUGGGUUCUCUGCUAGGCUACGAACCGGUGUAUCGACUGUUCAUACGGAAGAUGCUACAGACCUUGGCGGCAGAUGGGGUGCGUUGGGUAGAGAUACGAGAUGUCUUUGGCUCACCUUUUGCCAAGGAAGGGCAUGAGGUGCCGGAGACAGGGUUUAAUUACCGUGUUGCCGUGAUGGGAGAAGAGAUAGAAGCGUUUAAGAAGACGGAGGAAGGAAAGGCCUUUUGGGGCGGACGGAUCAUCUGGACGGCCCUACGGUUCUUGGAUGUCGAAUCCAUACUUACCAGCAUGAGGAACUGCUUACAGGCUAAGAAGGCAUACCCUCAUCUGAUAGCUGGCUUCGACCUUGUCGGCCAAGAAGACCUGGGCCAGCCACUGGCGGCCCUGGCCCCGCAAGUGAUCUGGUUCCGCCAGCAGUGCGUAUCCCAGGGUCUAGAGAUCCCUUUCUUCUUCCACGCGGGCGAGUGCCUGGGCGACGGCGACAGCACGGACCGCAACCUCUACGACGCGAUCCUGUUCAACACCCGGCGUCUCGGCCACGGCUUCUCGCUGUACAAGCAUCCGCACCUGAUCGAGCUGGUCAAACAGCGUCGGAUAAUGGUUGAAAGCUGCCCGAUAUCCAACGAGGUUCUCCGGCUGACGGCGACGGUGCUGGCGCACCCUCUGCCUGCACUGCUGGCGCGCGGGGUAAGUGCGUCACUGAGCAACGACGACCCUGCGCUGCUGGGACAGGGGACGUCGGGCAUGUCUCACGACUUCUGGCAGGCGCUGCAGGCGUGGGAGAACCUGGGGCUGGCGGGCCUGGGCUCGCUGGCGGAGAACAGCGUGCGGUACGCGGCGUUCGAGGACGAGAGCGAGGAGCACUGGCUGAAGGGGAUUGACGACGGGUACGAAGGGGACGGCACCAGGGCCGGGAGGAUGAAGCUGUGGCGCGAUGAGUGGGAGGCGUUCUGCCAGUGGAUGGUGGAUGAAUAUGGAGAGUAG